AUGAGACAUUCAAUAAUGGGACUAAUUGGUGGCUUGGGUGAAACUAUUGUUACCACUCCUGCAAAGAUUUUAGAAAGAGUAUCAGCUAAUACUCAAACCAAAAAUACAGCACCAGUAACAAUUCCAUUCAGCUUUGCUUAUCCAAAUCCAAUAGAUAUCUCUUUGUAG